UUGUGCAAAAUCGAUAUAUAAAAAUGGGCAAAUUAUUAAGACAUCGAGUAACCCUUCUAAUCGUGGUCGUAUUCGGUACCACAGAAUUCUUAAGGUGUGUGACAGGGCAGGAGAUUUGCAGCGAUGGGGAGCGAUAUUCGCCACAUCCGGAUUGCAAAUUUUUCUGGGAGUGCAACUCUGGUGCGGGCCCAAUUUUACGGGAAUGCCAGGCCGAUCGGUUUUGGGAUGUUUCCAUUAUGGCGUGCAAUCUGCCAGAAAAUGUGCCAGAAUGCGUGGGUGGGAUCAGGUUAAAAGUGCAAAAUGCAGACCACCAAUCACGACCACAGCAAUUCAGACGAUGACACGACGCCCCACAUCAGCUCCGUGCACAACGCCGUGCUGCGUCGAUGAUGUCUAUGAAGGUCUAUCUGGCCCAUUGAACGCCACCUUCCAUCCAAUUUUAGAGGUGUUUCAGGGGAGUACAUUUAGCAACCUUUACACGCAUGGCGUUUCAACGCUAGAUUUGGAUUGUAGAUUUGCCGUAAGCGCCGGGACCGGACAGAUAAUUCGACGUGCGGGAAACUUUUACUUCCAGGGGGACUACGUUAUUCGGGGUUAUCUUGAUUUAUUCCCUUUUUCAAGUUCAUGUCUGCCAUCGGGAAGCUUUAGCGGGGCAGGAGUGGCUACCUUUGAGGUGCAAAAUCUCGAUUGGAUCGUCGGGAUGACACAUUUCGUCGACAUAGUUUCGGGUAGAGUAUCAAUUAGAACCUUGACAAUUCAUGAGGUAUCAUUUGACCGGAUUUAUCUGAAUUUGGGUCCGAAUUUUCACAUUAAUAGAAGUCCCGUGGAUUGGGAGGUGUUCAAUGCUAAUCUACACCCUUGUUUUCACACCCAACUUAAUCAGAACAGGGGAGAAAUUGAGACAAAGUUAAGGUCCGCACUUAACAAACGGUACUCACAGUUUACUCUUGAAGAAGUUGCUGAAUUCCUUUUCCUAGGGGAUUCACUUCACUAGCGAAACAAGGGGUAGGCAGGGUAGGCAUUGCCUAGGGGCCCCCACGGAGUGGGGGCCCCGUAGCUGCCCCGAAUUAAAAAAAAAUUUACAUGUCUAGCAGUGGCGAAGUUAGUGGCAAGCGUUGCAGUAGAUCAUUAAAAAAUCUAAACUAGUUCAAAUUAUGUUAAGAAAUUCUGCCAAAUUUUAUUUCAUAAUUUUCAGUUUAAAAUGCUGAGAUGGGAGUCACUGCUAUGGCAUUAGCUAGUUAUUUUUCUUCAGGCUUUGCGCGCAUCAUCUUACUUUAUCAGUAGUUUUAAAUAUUUUAAAUGUAGCAAAUUGAACCCGAUAAGACGAGGAAAUGACACAAAUCUUAUCAGGAUGAUACUGGCGUUUUUUAUAGUUUGUUUAAAAAUGAUAAAUUUACUUUGAUCAUUAAACUCAAUUAGUCGUAUAGCAACUGCAAAAACUGAAACUCAAUGCAACGACGCCAGGGGCCUCGCUCCGACUUUGAAGAAACAAUGAUAAUUAGAUAACCUUAGAUAAAUAAUUAAACACGUGCACUCAAAAUGAAAAUUUGUCUAAUCAACACCGC